AUGGCUCCAUUUUUCAAGUUGCUCGGACUUGGGGCAGGCAGUUGUUUUACACGAAUCAGCUCUUCUCCAGCUCUUCUCCGGAGGUCGCCGUCGUUGACUAUUCUCCAGCGACCAAAGCGGGUCAUAAAGGCAUUGCUGCUACCACCAACGCCCACCACCUCCAUCCUUCCCCUUCCCGUCGGCACCGGUUUCUGGUCCUCGGGAAAAUCCAUGGACCGGCAGGGACCCGGAAGGCCGCCGCCUCAGAGGAAGGAGCUCCAGGGUCCGAGACCAGCUCCGCUAAGGGUUCGGAAGAACCCCAGUAAAUUCAAGAAGCCACCGCCUGGACCGUCCGCGCCACAUCUUCCGGCGGAGGAGGACUGCCCCCGGGCCGGCCCCGUCAUCAUCUAUGCGGUAUCCCCCAAGAUCAUCCAGGUGACGACGGACGACUUCAUGUCGGUCGUGCAGCGUCUCACGGGGCCGUCGCCGGGCCCGUCGCCCCGGACGCCGGCGGGAAGGUUCGGCAGCGGAGAGGGAAUGGGCGACUUCGGCCUUCCGCCGGAGGUGGAGAUCGAGAUGGACACGCUAUUGGACCGGAAGGAGGAGGGGAACCCCCAUGGCAUCCUCUCUCCGCUCCCGUCUUGCCUGCCCCCCAUUUCCCCCAAUUUUUUCCCGCUCCCGUCCUCGCUGCCGCCCUUCUCCCCCAACUUCCUCUCGAACCCUUGCAUCUCCCCCAAUUUCUGCGUGCCGUCGCCGGAUCGGGAAUUAAGCGCGUUACUGAGCAAUCUGAGCCCCACGUUCUACGGGCGUCUGUCGCCGUUGCCGCUGAUACUGUCGCCGGGCAUGACGACGGACCGGUUCCUUGACUAACUCAUUGACCGAUUGAUGGAUGGAUUGGCGCAACUGGACAAUUUAGGGACAGGUGGAAGGCAAAACCUGUAAUUUUUUUUUUCUUUAUCUUUCUGAAAGAGGGAAUUCCUUCCACCAUUUUUUUUUCGCCUCUUUUUCGUGAACGUGGAAUAUCUUGUUGUUGUAACAUGUAAGAUUGAAGAUCUGUAAACGAUAAUAAUACGACUAUUAAUGCUUCUCCUUA